AUGGGGUCUCUUCUUCCUUGGCUGUCCAUUAUUCUAUGGCUGGAAAAUACCCAAGCACAACUUGAAGAUGAAGGCAACUUUUACUCAGAAAAUGUCAGUCGGAUCCUUGACAACUUAUUGGAAGGCUAUGAUAACCGUCUACGGCCCGGAUUUGGAGGUGCUGUCACAGAAGUCAAAACUGACAUCUAUGUGACCAGCUUUGGGCCUGUGUCAGAUGUGGAGAUGGAGUAUACAAUGGAUGUUUUCUUCCGUCAGACAUGGACUGAUGAAAGGUUGAAGUUUGGUGGGCCUGCAGAAAUCCUUAGUUUAAAUAACUUGAUGGUCAGUAAAAUCUGGACACCUGACACCUUUUUCAGGAAUGGCAAAAAAUCAAUUGCUCACAACAUGACCACGCCUAAUAAACUCUUCAGAAUCAUGCAGAAUGGCACAAUUCUGUACACGAUGAGGCUUACCAUCAAUGCUGACUGCCCCAUGAGGCUGGUCAACUUUCCUAUGGACGGGCAUGCUUGUCCACUCAAGUUUGGGAGUUAUGCUUACCCCAAAAGUGAGAUCAUAUAUACAUGGAAAAAAGGGCCACUUUAUUCAGUAGAAGUGCCAGAGGAAUCAUCCAGCCUUCUCCAGUAUGAUCUCCUUGGGCAAACGGUAUCCAGUGAGACAAUUAAGUCUAACACAGGUGAAUAUGUAAUCAUGACAGUUUAUUUCCACUUGCAAAGAAAGAUGGGCUACUUCAUGAUACAGAUAUACACUCCUUGCAUUAUGACAGUCAUCCUGUCUCAGGUCUCUUUCUGGAUUAAUAAGGAGUCUGUUCCAGCAAGAACUGUCUUUGGAAUCACCACCGUUUUAACCAUGACCACCUUAAGCAUCAGUGCCCGGCACUCCUUGCCCAAAGUCUCCUAUGCCACCGCCAUGGACUGGUUCAUAGCCGUCUGUUUUGCUUUUGUCUUUUCUGCUCUCAUUGAGUUUGCAGCUGUCAACUACUUCACCAACCUUCAGUCCCAGAAGGCCAACAGGAAAGCAAAGACUGCUGCCUCACCCAUAGUGACAGUGCCGAAAGCCGCUGAACCCUUGGAAGCUGAGAUCGUUGUGCAUUCUGAUUCCAAGUAUCACGUGAAGAAAAGGAUUACUUCCUUGGCUUUGCCGAUAGUUCCAUCUUCUGAGGCCAGCAAAGUCCUCACUGGAGCACCUAUCCUAAAAUCAACACCUGUCACACCCCCACCACUUUCUCCAGUCUUCGGGGGUACCAGCAAAAUUGAUCAGUAUUCUCGAAUUCUCUUCCCAGUUGCAUUUGCAGGAUUCAACCUUGUAUACUGGAUAGUUUAUCUCUCCAAAGACACAAUGGAAGUGAGUGGCAGUGUUGAUUAG